AUGAAGUCCAACACCGUCCCACUAAUCAUUGAUGGCAAUGACGUUGUCCUUGAAGACGAAAAGUCAAUCUUCGUUUCAAAUCCCGACAGUGGCAGAGGAUCGCAAUGGAAAGCUCAAGGCGUUACACCAGAACUGUCAGAAGAGCUUGGUUGCUCUUCCGUAUGGGCUUCGAUCAACUUUCAUGCCACACUUGAGAUCAUCGAACAAGUAACGGCUCUCAUAACGUCCGGAAUCUUAUCUGGGUUAAUACCAGAGACCGAAUCGCCAGACUCACUCGCUCUGGUCUUCAAAGAUCCGCUUGGUGUCGUGCUGGGCAUUGCGCCUUGGAAUGCACCAGCAAUGCUUGGAAUGCGAUCUAUUGCUGCCGCUGUUGCCGCUGGAAACUGCGCGAUACUCAAGGGAUCCGAGCUAAGCCCCAGAACACAUUACUUCAUCGCCAACCUCUUCCGAGAUGCUGGAUUCCCACCUGGAGUGGUCAACUUUCUUGUGCACAAGCCUGAAGACGCAUCAGACACGUUCAAUACUCUUAUUUCGCAUCCGUCGGUGAGAAAGUGCAACUUUACCGGGUCAACGGCCGUGGGUAGACACAUUGCCUCCCAAGCAGGCCAUUUCUUGAAGCCUGUACUCUUGGAAUUAGGUGGUAAAAACUUCAGUUUGGUGCUUGAAGAUGCCGACUUGGAAACUACGGCCGCUACAAUUCUAGAUGCGGCCUUUAUCAAUAGCGGUCAAAUUUGUAUGUCUACAGAUAUCGUCCUAGUGCCUCGGAAAUUGAAGUCGGCAUUCUGCAGCCUUGUCCGACAGCGACUCGAGUCUGCUUCUGCUAUUCAAGUCAAACACGUCAUUAAUAGACGAAGUACGACCCGAAUUUUAGGGCUUCUGGACGACGCCGCCCGCAAAGGUGCCACGGUAAUUACCGCUUCAUCCUUGGACGGAGAACACGGCCCAUUAUAUGGCACUGUGAUUGAAGGCCUGACUAAAGAUAUGGAAUUCUGGCAAAAUGAAUCCUUCGGCCCUGUGGUUGGAAUUGCAACAUACGACACUGUAGAUGAAGCGGUCGACAUGAUUAAUGAAUGUGAGUAUGGCUUGUCUGGGGCAAUUUAUACUGCGUCGAGUCUGCAAGCGAUACCUCUAGCAAGAAGAUUGGACAGUGGAGCGGUUCAUAUCAACGGACCAACUUUCCAUGACGGAUUUACCUUGCCGCAUGGAGGGCAUAAGAAUAGCGGGUUUGGGAGAUUUGGCAGCCACUGGGCGUUUGAGGAGUUUUUGCAGACAAAGACUGUGAUUGCGAAUUAG